AUGAGCCACAUUCAGAUCCCGCCCGGGCUCACCGAGCUGCUGCAGGGCUACACGGUGGAGGUGCUGCGGCAGCAGCCGCCCGACCUUGUCGAAUUCGCGGUAGAUUAUUUCAGCCGCCUGCGUGAGGCCCGCCGCCUGGCCCCCGUCCCGCCCGCCGCCGCCCCUACUCGCCUUUCCUACGGGUCAGAGCCCAGCCCCGAACCUGUCGCCGACGCGGACGACGAAUCAGAGGAAGAUGAAGGGCUUGCAGCUCCAGCUCCUAGCCGAUUUAAUAGGCGAGUAUCAGUCUGUGCUGAAUCCUUCAACCCUGAUGAGGAAGAGGAAGAUACUGAUCCAAGGGUGAUUCAUCCUAAAACUGAUGAGCAGAGAUGUAGACUUCAGGAAGCUUGCAAAGAUAUUCUCCUUUUCAAAAAUCUUGAUCAGGAACAGCUUUCUCAAGUACUUGAUGCCAUGUUUGAAAGGAUAGUAAAAGUUGAUGAGCAUGUCAUUGACCAAGGAGAUGACGGAGACAACUUUUAUGUCAUAGAACGGGGAACUUAUGACAUUCUAGUUACAAAAGAUAACCAAACUCGUUCUGUUGGUCAAUAUGACAAUCGUGGAAGUUUUGGAGAACUAGCUCUGAUGUACAAUACCCCAAGAGCUGCUACCAUUGUUGCCACCUCAGAAGGCUCUCUUUGGGGACUGGAUCGGGUGACUUUUAGAAGAAUCAUAGUGAAAAACAAUGCGAAGAAGAGGAGGAUGUUUGAAUCAUUUAUUGAAUCUGUGCCCCUUCUUAAAUCGCUUGAGGUGUCAGAACGAAUGAAGAUUGUGGACGUAAUAGGAGAGAAGGUCUACAAGGAUGGAGAGCGUAUCAUCACUCAGGGUGAAAAGGCUGAUAGUUUUUACAUCAUAGAGUCCGGUGAAGUGAGCAUCUUGAUCAAAAGCAAGACUAAAGUGAACAAGGAUGGCGGGAACCAGGAGGUCGAGAUUGCCCGCUGUCAUAAGGGGCAGUACUUCGGAGAGCUUGCACUGGUCACCAAUAAGCCCAGAGCUGCUUCAGCUUAUGCAGUAGGAGAUGUCAAAUGCUUAGUCAUGGAUGUACAAGCAUUUGAGAGACUGCUGGGGCCCUGCAUGGACAUCAUGAAGAGGAACAUCUCCCACUAUGAGGAACAGCUAGUGAAGAUGUUUGGUUCCAGCAUGGAUCUGAAUGACCCCUCGCAGUAGGUGUGCCACACCCCAGAGCCUUUUCAGUGUGACACCAAAACCCUCCGGUCAGCCACAAAAAACAGACACGAAAGAAUCAUCCCUGCUGAGCUGCCACCGCUGCCUUGUGUGGCCAUGGGCAUUUAGAAGACUUGAAAGUCAGCACUAAAGGAUGAGCAGAGAUCUAACCCACACCUCCACUUGGCUUCUGAAAAUUCAUUAUUAGACUAUUUGUAAUGAUUACUCCAACCCUGUUUUCACAUCUUUGGUUCAGAAUGGCAUGUCUCUCCAACAAUUUUAAGUGCCUGAUACAAAGUCCAAAGUGUAAACAUCCUCUUUUUCCCUC